AUCGCAAACUGGAAUCCGUUUUUGAAUUUACUACCGGUUCGAAACAGCUUAGAAUGGUUCGAGUGGUUAUUACAUAAAGCCAACAACACUACCAACAGCAAGGUAGCAGGGAAACCAGUGAUAAGCUGCUUUCGGUGACUCAAACACACGGGCUCAGGUCUUCUCCUUCCUGUAGUCUCCGGUUACCUCCGAUCUCUGACUCACACAUAUGUGCUCCAGCUAUCGACAGGUCAGCGAUCGUAAUAUCCGAAACGGUGUCGGAGGAGGAGCUUUGUGCUUCAACUUGCCUUCGCGUGGGGACAUUCAACGAACUGAAUCCUUCGUCUUACGAUAUCCAAUUUCAUUAGGAUCACAGAAGAUAAUUGGCAGAGCGUGAGUUCGAAGCGCUUAAGGAUAGAGUUUCGGGAAAGAGGUUUUUACGCGUGUAUCCUGCUUAAACGCUACCCUUCCGUUGUCGCAACUAUCAACCUUAUUCAAUUGGUCUUCUUGUUUUACAUGUUCAUCUCUGUUAAGAGUUAGUAAGGUAGACUUCACAUUUCGGUUGUCUAUGCUUCAUUUGCUUUAGCUGUCGGUAAAUUUUUUAUCAGUUCUCUGAUGGGAUAGAAGAUAGAGUUGUGGUGGGGAGCCUUGAUUCUUAACCAAUGUCGUUGGCUUCCUGAUGAAAUCUCUGGAACUAAACCAGAGAUUUUGCUAGGGCGUACUUGAGCAACGUCUGUGUUGCCAGAGAGCUGCAUCGUAACGGAGUUGGUUACAAACUCAAUGAAAAGUCUAAAGUAGUUGCUAGAGAAUGGGGGAUAACGGAUAUGUACGUGCAUGUGACGGUCAACAAUGAAGCAGCGAAGAGGCUAUACAUGAAAAGUUGGUUCGAGCAAGAGAGCGCUGAGCCAGCGUGGCAAGCUCUAUACCUCAACAAGCCACAACGGCUCCUCCUCUCCCUUCCUAUUACCUCCUGAUCCAUGUCCAGAUGUAAAUCUUUUCAUUUGUCCAAUUUUUAUCCAUAUUCUUGGCAGUCAAUUUGCAUAGACGAGAAGUGUUUUGGUGUUAGUCUACUCACUGCCGUGUAUACAAAUUGGAACUUUUAUUGGAUAAUGGAUAUAAGGUUUAAAGAUAUUCUUGUAUUCUUUCUUUCUUGUUGGUGGACAGAAACGGCAGCGUUUUCCACUGGCCAUUUGGUUUCGUUUACCGAACCAUAUAAAACAGCGUAAAGCGCUUGGAAAAAAUAUGAAAGGCUUAGAAAUGGUGGUGACGUCUUUCUCUUCAACGCCUCCUAUCUUCUUCUCCUCCUCCCCGCUUUCUUCUUCGAAUCUCCAUGGACGCUUCACGAUCCCUUCCUCUCCCUCUUCUCUCUUAAACGGACUAAGAAGACACCAAGAUGCGAAGGUGGUGGGAACAAGGGUCAGAGGUGGAGCAGUUCGAGUCCUAGCAAAUCCAAAUGCAUCAUCCCCUCCUCCGGGGAGAGUAAAGGCCAAAAAAGAAGUAAUCAUGGUAGACCCUCUUGAGGCCAAGCGGCUAGCUAGUAAGCAAAUGGAAGAGAUCAAAGGCAAAGAGAGGCAACAGCGAAGGCGCGAAAUAGAAGCUAUAAACGGAGCCUGGGCAAUCAUAGGGCUCUUGAUAGGGCUUGUCAUCGAAGCUCAAACAGGAAAGGGUAUUCUAGCUCAGUUGGCUGGCUAUUGGUCUGCGGUUAUGCAUCUAUUCACUUCAUCAACACAUAAUCUCCCACAGUAAACCAAAAACCGUAUACUAUGUUUUGUUGAGUUUCAUUGAUGUUGUUCAUGUAAUCUUUAGCAAGAGCAUUCAGCAAGACAUAAACAGUUAAACUUUAUAUUAAUAAGAUUGAAGUGAUAAAUUAACUGUA